UGCCACUUUAUUUGUUAUUUUUAUGUACUAUACUUCAAAAAACGAUUAAGUUGUACGCAUUUCAAUUUCAUAACAAUAUACCAUUGAAUCGAAUAAUCUUUAACAAAUAUUGAUUUUAAAUUAAUCGUCACUGGUGUAGACAGGGUGUUAUCCAUCCUUAAAUAUAAUUGGAAGCUUUAAGUUAAAUUAAGUUAGCUCUAAGAAAAGGUCUAACCCUAUCGUGUGUGAGUGAGUGCGCGCGAGAGAGAGGCAGGCAGGCAGAGGGGGAGAGAAGAGAAAAACAAAAAACUUAGCAACGUAAAGUUUGUCGGAAGUGAAUCUUUAGGAGAAACGCCAAUAUGGGACUUGAUCCAGCAGAGCUUUUAUCAUGCACCACUUGAGCGCUAAUAGAUUUUAGUGGGGGGACACGAGUAGUGAUUUCAUCCAAAUCCACAUUACAAACCACCGCUGCCGUCCGAUCCCCCCAGGACCAGCGCUCAGAUCUCCGCCGGGCGGCACAUAAUAGCGUUUGGAGGAAUAUGUGACUUUCUCAUCUCGGUUGAAUGUGUAGCUGGAUCGGGGACGUUCAUCACUCCCAAACCCCGGUGGACGAUGGAGAGGAAUUACCCGAGCUCCAGCUUCACCGAGCCGGUCACUGCAGCGGCUCAGAGCGCGGGCUGGGCCUACAAACCCAGUUUGAAUUAUGAUUCUACACAUCUGGACUCUGAGCUUCUCCAAAGGCAGACCUUUGCCUCUAGUCACCAGCCCCCAACGUUUACCACAUCACACCACCUCAUAGGAGCGUUUGACCCAAAUCAGCACAGCACAUCCAGCAGCAACACUACUGAAUCAUCAGUCAUGAAUUUUCUCUCCUCUAUUGAAUCACGAGGCCUUCAGGCUGGACCUGCUGGCUCUAUUCUUCUCCCUCCAUUUAGAAGCCCCUCAUGGCAAACUGGUGCCAACAGCUCAACAGAACUCUUUCUUACUGGAGGCCUUCAUCUAUCAGGAACAAAUCCAACCCCAUCUGCACUCUCGUCCUACCAGCACCCUAUUGCCUUUCCUACCAGAAGCUUCACCACUACAUCAGCACUUACUCUUCAGGACAGCACUUUGAGCUCGUCAAAUGGUCUGUUAUCCCCUAACGACUCUCUUCUCCAGCUCAAAUCCACCCAGAGCUCUGUGCCAACCGCACUUGCUUUUGACAGCCUUGGUGUUAUGGCUCUUGGUGCUGGUCUGCCACCCCAGUCCUCCACAUAUCGCUCAGCACAAGAGUCUGCCCCACAUCUCCUUCAACCUCAGUUCAGCUUGCUGCCCACCAUCUUGGGCACCUCCCAGCAGGCCCCUCAGCCUUACGGUGCCCCGGUUUUCUCAGGCUCGAUUGAAAGAGCACUACAGCGUGAAUGUAGUGUGAUCAAGCACCACCAGCGGCCUUCCAGCACCCAGCCGGUCCAGGAGCAGCUCACUGGUGGUGCUCAGCACUCCCUACAGGGUUACCUGCAUGAUGAUAGUGACGUUUCUUAUCAACAGGACCCUUCCCCGCACACACCAGUACCCUGCAGCCCUGUGGCUGAACCUUCGCAUACUGUUAAUGGCAGUAUGCAGCAGAAGACUUCUCAAGCAGCACUGCAGCAAACUCAGGCCUACACUACUUCUGUUCCCUCCCCUGUGUUUUCUGGGUCUUCUGGAAUAAAGGUUAAAGAUGGCUCUUCCAAAAUGGCUCAACAUACCAGUGAGAGCACAGACACUCAUGCCCAGGCAAGCUCUCCAGGCCUGCAGCAUCAGAGCUACACCUUCUCAGCCCUGAAACAAAACUCGGUGAUUGCUAGCCAGUUGCAGCCUUACACAUCCGCACAUCUGCUUCCAGGGCUGGUGUCUGUUAGCGCCUCACAUGCUUAUGUCACCUCUCAAAGCAACCUCAGCCAAAUACAAGCCUUCUCUUCUAGUUUACCUGAGAAGCUACCUUCAAUUUACAAGACUGUUUCGUCAUUUGCUAGUCAGUCUGGAGCUGAGACAUCUGUGAGCCAGAAUCUUAUUUAUUCUUCUAGUCAACAGCAGGAUUUUCCAACUCCAGGAAACAGGGAAGGGUAUGAGACACAAGUGCAAACACAUUGCAUGGGAAGUCCUUCUCAAAGCUACUCUUCCAGCCACUCUCAGGGCCCGGCAACCAUUAGUUUCUACACCCAGGGGCCAGCAUCUACUUGCAUUCCCUCGCAGAACUUUGUGUCGGAUCAACCCCUAACCCCAAGCCCAACCUUCUCACCCAGUCAUGCCCGGACUUCAUCAUCCACUAACCCAACCCAGGACUAUAUUCUAAUGCAGUCUUCAAGUAGCAAGACUGAUAGUGCCCUAAUACAACACAAUUACUUAUUAUCUGUCCCGUCAUCAGCGUCUCCUGCCACUCACACGCAAGCCUUACCGAACGACCAGUCUUCGGUUGAGUUGAAGCCAGCCUAUGGCAAAAGUGAACAAGAUGAACAAAUGUUUCUCUCCUCCAAAGAGGGCUCUGGAGAGCUUCCUAUUGAGGAUGUGCAGGCGUUACAGAAAGGCUCUAUUGGGAGUUCACCUAAAACCCUUACACGCAAUGAAAUUGGGGAGCAGAACAAUGAUGUGUAUGUCCUUUCAAAGAUAGAAGACAGACAAAACACUCAAAGUGUAAUUCGUAGUAACUCCCGGUCUGAGGAGCAGAUCAUAGGCAUAACACAUUUGGAAACAACAAAAGAAGAAAGGAUGAUUCCUCCAAGACAACUUGCUCAGCUAGUUACCAGUGCCAACACUCCCACUGACCCAAAGAGUAACCCUUUGUUGAUGCACUCCACCCAUGCACCUUUGAGAGCUGACCAGCUGAAACAGCAAACACUGCUUCUGAAAGAGUCUAGCUCUCAGCAGCAGAACCAUCAGAAUCGUAUCAGCAGAGUUCAGCAGGCAGAUCACAGACAGCUGUCUGAGGACCAAACGCAGUUUAUUCGAGUUCCCAGUGCCCAAGUUUUGCUGGAGCCAUCUCACAUGAUUGUCCUUCAACAGCCUGUGUUCACCUCAGGACAGAAUCAACCCAAGCAGACAAUGUACAUGCAGUCUGUACCAGUCCAGUAUCUCCAAAUGAAUAGCGACACCAUAAGUUUGACUGUUAAUGGGCAUCACAACCACCAAGUCCUCAACUACGCAGAGUCCACUAAACAGAACCCACCUAAAAAAGACAACUUUGGCCAAUUAAAUUCUCAUGAAGCAAAGCAGAACUUUCCCCUAAGUUCUGUAUGUUUUCCUGAGUCCAUGCUAUUGGCAGAUGAGAGGCACAUCCUCUCAAAUGUAGAUGACAUUCUGGCUGCUACUGCAGCUGCCUGUGGCGUCACACCACAGGACUUUGUCAAAUCCACAUCCUCUGAUGGAGAAUUGUCAUCAGUUGCCAACGCUACAGAUUCCAAGUGCCAUUUUCAGACCGUUGAGAACAGACUUAAUAGUUUCCCUUCUCAGAAUAUGAACAUCUCUAACUCACAAACAAUGACUAUAAAUGGUGCUCAAAUGUCGUACCCAAAAGAGGUGUUUAUGCCCUCAAACUCUCAUAACCAGCAAAAUGAUAGCAACAACUCUGCCCAAGAGAGAUCCGAAAAUGUAGCAAACUCCCAUGUGAAAAACAACCUGUUGCCUAAAGAACAUUUUGUGAACUCUGGCAAUGACUCUGCUCUGAAUGCUAAUGGACUUAGUAUUAGCAAUACAAUCUCCUCUGAAUUUCAGUUGGCUGGCCAGCAGUAUAACCCAUCAGGACAUGUGAAAACUGAAAAGCCAUCAAAUAAUAAGGCCCACCCAAAGGGAACAGAAGGCAUUAAAACAGAUAAUGGCCCCUUUGAACCUCCCACUGGUGGUCUUCCAAAAAAGCGAUCCAAAUCAAAAGGUUUAUCUAAGCAAACUGUUGAGGAUGAAAAUGGUCUACCCAAACCUCAGAAGAAGGGCUCCCAAGCUAAGAGACAGAAUUCCUAUGCUAGUGAUGCAAGUUCAACCCCCGCCUCAGAAGGUUGCCACGAUAUCUACCAACAGCAGGAGAGGAUGCGUCAGAAAUUAAGGGAGGUUGAGGAGAAACAGCCAGAAGUUAAAACUGGAUUCUUGGGCUCCUUCCUGGACUUCCUUAAAUCCGGACCCAGACAGCCCCUUUCAUCUCCACCAAUACGGUCACCUAGUCGCUCUAGAAAGCCUUCGGUCUCUAAGAGGCCUCCUCAUCCAUUAUCCAUACUUAUACCUCUCAAACCUCCACCUCCUUCAACCCCAUUGAUGUCUCCAGACUCUCAUAGUUUAAUUUCUACAAAGCGAAUUGAUGAGGAUCUUCAGAGGAAUCUGGAAACACUGCCAUCGUUUUCCUCUGAUGAAGAUGAUUCAGUGGGGAAAAACCGAGAUCUUCAGAAGAGCAUCACUUCUGCACUCUCAUCUUUAGAUGAGCCCUCAGACAAAAAACUAAAAAUAGAUGACAACACAAAGCAAGUUCAGGCCUCUAGCAUGCAGCCUACCAAUGCGAAUCCACAGGAACAACUGAAAGCUGUGCAGAACAUGUCUGCUGAGGAAUUAGUAAAGGAUGUCCUGCCUGACAAGCUAGCUAUGCAACUGACCACUGUUGCUAUCGAGGGCCUGACUGACGAGGAGCUCUCAGAUAGUGGUGGGGAGGGCAUGUACCGGGAGCGGGAUGAGUUUGUGGUUAAGAAUGAGGACAUUGAAAGGCUGAAGAUCACCUUGAAAGCAGGGGUGGAACCACCAGCAAUCUGGAAGGUUCAGAAAGCCCUGCUGCAGAAAUUUGUACCAGAACUAAGAGAUGGGAAGCGAGUGUUCUUUGCCACCAACAGUUAUUUGGGGUACUUUGGUGAUGCUAAGUACAUGUACAGGAGAGUACAUGUCAAAUUUCUUGACACAGUCAACAAGCGGGAAUAUGUUCGAGUCUGCAGCAGGAAACCAAGAAGCAAGAUCAUGCAUUCACUGAGAGGCUUCCAGACUAAAGCUCUUCUAGCCCAGCGAUUCACUGCUGUGACCGUAUCAGAUUCUCCCACACAGAAAACAGCACAACUGAAAGCUCUAUCUAAACCCAGACCCAAGCAGCCAAAAGCCAAGGCAGAACCUCCUCCCAAAAAGAGAAAGAAAUGGAAAGAGGAGUUUACGACAUCUCCCUCUGACUCUUCACCAGAGGCUGUGAGUGAGGAUGAUGAAUUUACUCCUCCGGUUCCGUUCGCCGCCCGUUUCCUGAACACCAGAACAAUGAAGGAGACCUUUAAGAGCUUUGUAGAGCUUCUGAUCAGUGUAGUCCUGGACGCAGAUGUCAUGAAUGCACUAGAGAGAGAAAACGAUGAGCUGCUGCUUCCUCAAAUGAAGAGGGUUGAUGGAAUGAUCAGGGACAACAGGCGGAGACUGCUGCCAAAACUGUGCAUGGGUCAGAUCUUUAAAAAUGCAUUAGACAGCUUUCCUGAGCUGUCUGUGGUCAACGAGCUGAAAACAGACUGCGAGACCCCCGUCUUUAAAGUGAGGUUAAGUGGGAGGGCAUACAACAGGAAAACCAUGAAGCCCUCGAAAUCCUCCAGCAAACUUCCACUGGAAUACACAGUGGAUCAGCAGACAAAAAAGUGGUUUUCCCUUUAUCACUCUCUACAACACUACAAGUACCACACAUACCUGAUGUGUGUGGAGGAGAUUGAGUUGUUGAAGUCUCGGGGUAAAGAUUUGGGUCAGGAGCAGAUGGUCCAGACCUGCAUGGGGAACAGGGUGUGGGUAGAGGGCCUGUUCGAUCGCUUCGGGGAUCUUCUGACACAGGUGCAGCAGGCCUGCGUUUAAACAGAACAUUGCACAAUGCUGGUAGACAACCAUUUAUGGGACAGAGCAUUCAUAAACUAUGUGAAUAUGCUUUAUUAAAGCACUACUGUAGAGAGGACAGAGAUAAAGAACUGUGAGAUGAGGGAAUGCUCUUGAUGGUUUUAACAAAUGGAAAGAAAUAAACCAAAAUGGUUGCCUUUUCAGACAUCCACAGAGACAAUGGACUUAAACUGUGGUUUUACAUUUAAACCUGCUUUAAAAAACAAAAACCAAAAAAAACUUAGCUGGCUAAACUAGCUGUAGUUAUGUAAUUUCUGUACUGAAUCAAUGCUGGAGUCCUUUAUCAAUUAGGACCAGAAUUUAUGAUCUUUUAUGUGAUACAGAGCAUCUUGCUGAGAAUUUUUAAACCUCCAUUUCUGUAAUUAUGCUUUGGGAUGGAUGGCUAGGUUAUGAUAACAAAAAAUAAUGUAUACAUAGAUAUAUUUUAAGUAAAACUUUUUUUUUUUUUUUUUUUUUUUACAACUGAUUGCCAAAUUUAUAUUUGAUCAUGUACAUUUUGUAUAGAGAGCUUGUUUUCAGAAAAUUCUCUAAUGGAUGAUUUUGACAGAACAUUUACCCUAUGUGCUUUUUGAACUCCUUUUGUUAUAUACAUUUGAAGUUGGUGCAAUUCUAAUACUGCUUUUUAUGUUUUGUUGUAAUAAAAGGCAUUUACUAUAUCUUUAUACUCACUUUAACUAUUUUGAAUUUUUUUUUCCUCAACAUGCAUGUUAUCUCACAGAUAGAUGUAUUUUUUACAGAAGGAAAGAAAAUUGUAUUUUGUCCUACAUUUAAAUAUGGCUUAUACAUUUAUAUGUCAUAUGCAUAUUGUAAACUUUACAAUGCAUAGAAUGUUUCUUUAUUUGGUGAUAUUGAAAGUUUGCCACGAUUUUAAACGGAUUACUGUGCUGACAGCAUUGAAUUAUUAUUUUUAUUUUCUGGUGUAACACACACUACAAUGUUUUUGCUGAUGUGAAAAUAAAUGUACUA